UUGUUUCCUCAACCUAUGUCUGUUUUUCAUUAUGUGCUUGAAGACAAAGUGACUUUGACGAUGAUCUUUUCCUGGGUUUGAAUGAUGCAUGCAUGUAAAAUGUGUAGGAAAAAGGAAGCUGAGACAAAGAAGAAGUGGGGUUCUCUCAGAAACAUGGAAGAGGAGAAUGUUGAACAGCCAUUGUUNGAGAAGAAGAAGAAAAAGUACUACGAGAACUGCCCCGGUUGUAAAGUGGACGAAGCGAAAGAGUUNAGUGAGGGACAUUCUGUACUCUUCACAAAGCUUUUCAUCGUGUGGAUGCUCGUGCUCUGUGCUUCACUGCCAAUAUCAUCUCUCUUUCNAUUCGUUUAUUUCAUGGUAAGGGAUUUUAAUAUUGCGGAAACAGAAGCUGAUAUUAGUUCUUAUGCUGGUUACAUGGGUUCUGCCUUUAUGCUUGGCAGAUGUUUGACAUCUUUACUUUGGGGAACUAUAGCUGAUCGCNUUGGUCGAAAACCUGUUAUAGUUAUAGGAAUUACUUCAGUCGUCAGUUUCAACACACUAUUUGCCCUUAGCACAAGUUUUUGGAUGGCUGUUAUCGUGAGGUUUCUUNUGGGAAGUUUAAAUUGUUUGCUUGGACCAGUGAAGGCCUAUACCACUGAGCUCCUGNGAGAAGAACACCAANCNNUUGGACUCUCAACAGUAAGUGCAGCUUGGGGCGUAGGUUUAGUUAUUGGUCCAGCAUUGGGAGGCUAUUUGUCUCAGCCAGUAGAAAAGUACCCUCGUAUAUUUCCAAAGGAUACCUAUUGGGAUAAGUUCCCAUACUUCUUACCCAGCUUUGUAAUAUCAGCNCUUGCAUUUGUAGUAGCUAUUGGCUGCAUCUGGAUUCCAGAAACACUCCACAAUCACAAUCGUAGUAGUGAUGAAUCCAUAGAUGAUGCCAAUGCUUUAGAAAAUGGAAGCAAUGGUGGUGGCAAUGAAAAGAUCCAAAAGAACGAAAACCUCUUCCUUAAUUGNCCAUUAAUGUCAUCUAUCAUUCCAUAUUGCAUUUUUUCACUUCAUGAUAUUGCUUAUCUAGAGGUUUUCUCCUUAUGGGCUGUUAGUCCUCAAAGGCAUGGGGGUUUAAACUUUACAACUGAUGAUGUUGGUAAUAUUCUUUCAAUAGCAGGUCUUGCACUUAUCAUUUACCAAAUUGGCAUAUAUCCAUCUGUGGAAAAAAUCACUGGGCCUAUUUCUGUUGCCCGCAUCUCAUCUAUAUUAUCCAUACCUCUUUUGCAAAGCUACCCUUUCAUGGCAUUGUUGUCAGGCUUAACACUAUACAUAGUGUUAAGUANUUUUUCAAUCCUAAAGAAUGUUCUGUCUAUCACCAUUAUAACCGGUUUACUCCUUCUACAAAACCGAGCAGUGGAACAACACCAAAGAGGUGCAGCUAAUGGAAUUGCUAUGACAGGCAUGUCUCUAUUCAAUGCUAUUGGCCCUGCUGCAGGUGGUUCAGUAUUAACUUGGUCACAAAAGCGGAUGGCUGAUUCAUUCCUCCCAGGGACACACAUGGUGUUUUUUGUCCUGAACAUAGUUGAAGCAAUUGGAUUACUCAUGAUGUUCAAACCAAUCCUUGCUGAAAAAAAGAACACACACACAGAUCAGUUACAGUGAACCAAUCAAAUUUUCUGAAGGACUUCUUUUGUUGUUCUCUAUCGAGGGAAGUGAUGGUAACUAGGUGCAUCAAGUUUGUCAUAAUUGGAACUAAUGAUUAUGAAUAUGAUUUUAUGGUACCUAUUCAA